CUUCACACAACUACUAUAUAAUCUCUCAAAUUAUCACUUCUUUUAGUUCUUCAUAUUUAGUCAUUUUCCCUUCUAGGGAAAAGUCCAUAACCAUGGGAAUUACAUUAAUGGGCCAUGAAAAGAUGCUUAUUGUUGUUGUUGUUGCUCUUAUGGUAAGCUCUACGGUUUAUGGUGUAGGAGGCAACUUUCGCGACGAGUUUGAACCCACAUUUGGUGAUCAUAGGGUCAAUAUGGCUGGCCGGGACUUGUCACUCUCCUUAGACCAGUAUUCGGGAUCCGGGUUCCGGUCUAAGAGGGAGUACUUGUAUGGUAGGUUAGAUAUGCAAAUGAAAUUUGUUGAGGGUAACUCUGCUGGUACCGUCACUACUCUUUAUUUGACAUCUGAUCAAAGCACUGGAAGACACGAUGAGAUCGAUUUCGAGUUCUUAGGGAAUGUGUCCGGCCAGCCUUACACAAUCCAUACCAAUGUGUUUAGCCAAGGGCAAGGAAGCAGGGAGCAACAGUUCCACCUUUGGUUUGACCCAUCUAAGGCCUUCCAUACCUAUUCUAUUGUUUGGAACCCAAAACUCAUCAUGUUCUUGGUAGAUGAAACACCUUUAAGAGUAUUCAGGAACUAUGAGAAUCACGGAAUUACAUUCUUCCCAAAGCGCCAACCCCAGAAAAUCCAUGCUAGUCUUUGGGAAGCCGACGAUUGGGCAACACGAGGUGGAUUGGAGAAGAUAGAUUGGACUAAGGCACCCUUUGUAGCCCAUUAUCGCAACUUCAACAUCGAUACCUCACCAAAUGGAGCAUAUAGAAACCAUGAUCUUAAUGCGCAAUCCAGGAAGAGAUUGAGAUGGGUUCAGAAGAAUUACAUGAUCUACAAUUAUUGCACAGAUUGGAAGCGAUUUACUUCAAGUUUCCCUCCUGAAUGCAAGCAUGCCAAGUUUAAUUAGAAGGGUUGAAAAGGAUUAUCAUUAUUAUUAUUAUUAACAAUUUAUCAUUGUCACUAUUGUUACUUUUCUAUUAUUAUACACUAGACUAUUGUAAUUCCAUAUGAAUUUAACUCAAAUUUGUUCUUGUAUUUUCAAUUCUUAUAAUAAAAAAUAAUAAUUAUAUUCUUCUAUAUGCAUCG